UCACCCGAGACCGCUUCCUGGUAAGCAGGGUUGAGUUGUGCUUAACUUUGUUUAGCUAGUAUGGAAGGAGCGCAACACAGAGUGUGACUGAAGGAUUUGAAGACUCGCAUCCGCACCCCCGUGCCAAUCCCGGGGGCUUUGCCACCGGUUAAGAUGGAGCCCCUACCGUUUGAUGAUGCUUCCCUGUACACUCUUGAUGCCAGCCUUGUUCUUAACGAGCCAAACGACAUCGACUGUGCUUUGCUGAACGAUAUAGAUGAUAUGCUACAGCUGAUUAACAGCCAUGAUGUGGAGUUUCCCAGCCUGUUUGACCAUCAGUCAUUUGUGACGAUGCAGGACACGCCACCCCCUCUUCUUCCUCCUCCUCCUCCUCCUGUGCAAGCACCAAGCAGCUCCCCGCUCCUGGAUGGCUUGCUGGGGCCUUCCAGUAAGCCAGCAAAGAGCCCCAUUCUGGAAGGCAGCAAGGUUUUCCAGCCGUCACCACCCCAGCCUGCUGCCCCCCCAGUCAUUCCGGCCACAGCACCUCCUGGCUCUUCUUCCCCCCGGCACCUUGUCAAGCUGGAUCAGAGCCCCAAGCAGCAGAGUCCACCACCGCCUGCACGACCACAACAGUCUGUACAGCCAAGUCCCCCUGCUGCGCCCAUAAUGACUUCAGGCUUUCAGACAGCUGCCCCGUUUACCCCACAGCAGCCGCAUCUGAUUGGUUAUCAGCCCUCGGGUGGCUUUUCAGCAGUGCAGUCGGUAGGUACCAGUCAACCGAUGCCCAACAUCUUGGCUUCUCCGCAGCAGAUCCAGUCCGUUACAAUCCCUGCUUCUCAGCUUCUGGCCACAACCGCCAGUUCCACUUCAUCCACUGUCUCUCCAGUGCUUCUGCAGCCCCAAUUCAUCAAGGCCGAUUCGCUGCUCUUGACGACACUCAAGCCAGACGGCAGCUCCUUGGUCACUGCAGUCAAAUCUCCAUGCAUCACCACUCUAAGCACGUCUAACUCCCCAGGGCAUAACGCUUCUAUCCAGGCGCUGGUCAGUGGCGGUACAAUUCUCACCACAGUUCCUUUGAUGGUGGAUGCUGACAAACUGCCCAUUAACAGAAUUCCUGCCAAUGGCAAGCUGUCGAGCCUGCCGAACAAGGGGGAAAAGCGCACUGCACACAAUGCCAUUGAGAAGCGCUACCGCUCAUCAAUUAAUGACAAGAUUCUCGAACUCAAAGAGUUAGUGGUGGGGAAGGAGGGCAAGCUCAACAAGUCGGCUGUUCUGAAGAAAGCCAUUGAUUACAUCCGCUACCUGCAGCAAGCCAAUCAGAAGCUAAAACAAGAGAACCUGGCACUAAAGAUGGUGGCUCAAAAGAACAAAACACUUAAGGACCUGGUGGCAUCAGCUGGGAUCUCCAUGGAGAUGGAGGUUGACGGGAUUAAAGCUGAAAUGCUGACUCCUCCACCUUCAGAUGCUGGCUCCCCUUCUAACAGCAGCCAUUUCUCAAACUGCAGCAGUGACUCUGAACCAGAUAGCCCCUUAUGUGAUGAUGCAAAGACCUCCCACAAGCAAGAGAUGCCUUGCUCUACUCUCAUGGGCAUGCUGGAUCGCUCCCGGAUUGCACUGUGCAUCUUCACCUUCCUCUUCCUCACAUUCAAUCCGUUGUCAUCUGUAAUAAAACCUUCAACAGGCUUGUCUGAGAGCAGCAGUUUUCAAGGCCCUGGGAGAAACAUGCUGGGGUUCCAGUCUGCAGCAGACAACCUUGGCUGGCUUGACUGGAUGCUGCCGACACUCUUCCUCUGGUUGCUUAAUGGUGUACUGGUACUGCUCCUCUUCAUCAGGCUAUUUGUCUACGGUGAACCCGUCACCCGUAUGCAUUCGGGAUCUUCAGUGCUCUUUUGGAGGCAUCGCAAGCAGGCGGACCUCGAAUUGGCCAGGGGUGACUAUGCUCAGGCUUCCCAAAACUUGUGGAUGUGCCUAAAGGCUUUAGGCCGCCCCCUGCCCACCUCUCAUCUGGACCUGGCCUGUAGUCUGCUGUGGUCCAUGUUGCGGCUGAUUCUGCAACGUCUUUGGCUGGGGCGGUGGCUGGCAGGACGCGCUGGAGGUCUGAGUCGUGACCAGCAAUUGCAAGAGGAUGUGCGGAGGAGCUCACGAGAUGCUGCUCUUGUGUACCACAAGCUGAAUCAGCUGCACAUGACAGGAAAGCUCCCUGGCAGCAACCUGGCAGCAAUCAACAUGGCCCUGAGCGCCGUCAACUUGGCUGAAUGUGCUGGCGAGACAAUCUCCGUGGCAACAUUGGCUGAAGUCUAUGUACUGGCAGCAAUGCGUAUCAAAAGUAGCCUGCACAGGACGCUGCAUUUCUUAACGAGGUUCUUCUUGAGCAGUGCCAGGCAGAUCUGUUUAUCUCCCAGUGGCACAGUGCCUCCAGCCAUGCAGUGGCUCUGCCACCCCCUUGGGCACCGCUUCUUCGUUGAUGGAGACUGGACUGUGCGCAGCACACCCCGAGAGAGCAUCUACAGCUUGGCAGGCAACUCAAUCGAUCCUUUGGCUCAGGUGACUCAGGCCUUUCGGGAGCACCUGCUCGACCGAGCCUUGUACUGCAUCGCCAAACCAGAAAGUAAUGAGGUUCAGGCUGAAGGGGCAGGAGAGUUUUCUGACGCUCUGCAGUACCUGCAGCUCCUGAACAGCUGCUGUGACGCCGCAGGAACCACUGCUCAGACGUUCGCCAUUGGAUCCAGCGUGACCACCAGCACAGGGACUGAUCCUUUGGCCAAGUGGUGGACGUCUCUGGUGGUGGUGGCAGUGAACUGGUUACAGGGCGAUGACGAGGCAGCCGAGCGCCUCUACGCAGUGGUGGACUACAUGCCCAAGGCUCUGCAUGGCAAUGAGAACCCCUUACCUCGGGCAGCACUCUGCACCUUCAGGUCUGUACGCACCCUUCUGUCCAGCCAGGAGAACAACCAGUUGACGCUGGCACACUGCGACAAGGCCAGUGGGUACCUAAAAGAGAGCCUGUCCAUAGUGCCCCUUGGCAGCAUUGACAAGGUGAUGCAGUUGCUACUUUGUGACCUGCUCCUUGUCACCAGGACGAGUUUUUGGCAGCAGCAGCGUCCAUCGCUGGGUAACUCCUUGCAAGUGUCACCCUUGGAGCUGUGUGGCUUCCAGCAGGAUUUGAGUACGCUCCGUCGGCUGUCUCAGAGCUUCCGGCCAGCAAUGCGGAGACUCUUUCUGCACGAGGCCACAGCUCGGCUCAUGGCUGGCGCCAGUCCUACUCGGGCUCACCAACUGCUGGACCGUAGCCUGCGGAGAAGGACCACACCGACCAGAAGAGCAGGAGAGCUGGCGUCGUGCCCUGGAAAACGCGAGCAGGCAGAAGCGGUUCUGCUUGCCUGCCGUCAUCUCCCUCCUUCCUUCCUCUCUGCGCCAGGGCAACGUGUCGGAAUGCUAGUGGAUGCCGCCCGGACCUUGGAGAGGCUCGGUGCUAAGAGGACACUUCACGACUGUCAACAAAUGAUCAUCAAACUGGGCAGCGGCACAACUGUGGCAUCCACAUAGUAGUGGGGGCGCCUGGUGAAUUGGAUGGGGUAGGGGGGGUUGAAAUAUCGAGUUAUGGGUAACGUUUAACUUUUUUUUUUUUUUUAUCUGAUGGGUGAAAAGGGACAUUGGCUUUUUGCAGAAUGGCAGCUUUUGUUGUAGGUACCGGGCUUGGCCACCGUGUGGCACUGAUAUGCCAGCAUAGUGUGUCUUCCCCAGAAGUUUAACAGGCACACAAUUGUUUGUCAAAGCUCCUCUGCCAGGGUCCUCCGAAGAGCUGGCGCUUCCCAAGGUGCACUGCCCUUCCGCAAAGGCCUGGGCGUCCCCUUUUCCGUGUAAAUAGUGUACAGAUCCUCCAAGUGCACCUCACUUCUGAGGAAAACGUUAUUUUCAUAGAGUCGACGUUGUUUUCCCUCUUGUGUACAUAGGAUAUUUAUAAUUUUCUAAAGGUACUGAUGCCAUUGUUCAUUGUAUAGCUCCUUUCAGCACGCGUCGUGGCUGCAUUUGGAUGAUUUACAGCCGACUGCUCAUCAGCACGAGGUUCCCUAGCGGUGACACCGAAAACCUUAGCAAAGAUGCCAACCUCUUUUGUUUAGAAUCCGUAGGUACCAGUGAACCAAAAAUGACCGCUUCCCGUUAGCGGCCACCUGUACGCAUUUAACGGAACAGUUAAACACUUCAAGUGAACGUGGCCAGCAAACCGGCACAAGCGCUUGGCUUGCCUUUCAGGGUUCACUUUUCGUCCAGCUCUCCGGAUGUUUUUUGUGCGUUAGGCAGGCCGACUGAAUGAAAGCCCCUCGGGAGAUUGUAAGAAGUGGGGUCUUGACUUAAAACAAUAGCACAGCCUGCAGAAUACAAUGGGACUUGGGAGCGAUGGAGUGGUGAGCGAGUACGAGAGAGCAGCACGCGGAGUGUAGAGUUGAACUUCAAGACGCGUUGCGGCCGAUCUGCUCCACCGGAGCACAAGAGGAGAUGGACUGCAGGGCCUGGCACAUGGGGGCUCAUAUUGAGCGUUUUGUAAGAUGGAGAACUGUGACCGUUUCUUUUCAAAAUGGUGUAGGCCGCUUGUUCUUGUGACGCCGACUUGAGUAACGGAUUUUUGAAAUGCUCCGCUUCUUUCUUAGUCGCCCCAUAACUACUGGGCCAGUGAGGUCCGAGAUAGAAACGUCAUAAAAUAUGAAUGUGAGGCUAAAGGACAGCAUGUCUGCUUUUAUUUCUGGGCUGUGUAUUGCAUAUAACACGACUGCAAACGUCUCCCUCUUGGUUAUAAAACUACAAAGCACAACCCAAAGGGCUACUCUGAGCUCAAAGCUCGUCUCAAACAGUCCGUCAGUCCCAAAAUACCUUCACGUAUAAAUCAUCAUAACUGUGGCAGUUGAGUUUAAUCACAAAAACAAUUACUUGGACCCCCGUGCCAGUGUAGGUUUCUUCCCACCAUGCAGAGACGUGCAGGUUCGGUGAAUUGGUGCGCUAAUUUGAGCCAUGUGUGUGCUUUCCCCGGGAAUGACUGACGCCCGCUUCUGGGCUUGUUCUGGAUUUGCCCCAUGCCAGCUGGUAUAGUCUAUGCCCCCUCCCCUGGCCCACACAACACUGGUCUGGAGUAAGUGGGUUAGAACAUGGCCGUUACUUUGGUGAGAGCGUUACAGGCCAAGGCGUAACGUGAAAGAAGUGGAGGCCGACCGACUGCUGCUAGAGUUUCAGUAAACCUCAGAAGGAUUUAAACUUAACUAGCAGUACUACUUAGAAACGACCACUGGGAGGCAAUGUUUCAAAUACAAAGGUGAUCAAAAUAAAGUUUCAUUCUGUGAAGAUGUGACGUAUUGCCACCGGUGAGCCACUUCGUGCCCAGCUGCCCUCCUCUUCUCUCCCCCCACACUGGUUCCAGCCCAGCGCUCUCAUGAAGGUUCUUCUUUACCUCAUCUGUCCCGAACACUCACUUUGCUCGAGAACCUUUGUGGCUCAUCCUUCUACUUCUCGGUGAGGUCCUGUCCGGCCAUUUCUGCUCUUGACACCCACUGCAGGUCUCAGAUUCUUUUCUUUUCAUUCUGACCCUUGCCAUCCCUGCCCUGUCCUUUUUUUUAUUAUUUUUUUUAAUCUCUCUGGAUGUUAUUGUGGCUCCCCCAGUACUCCAGUUCUCGGUUGCUGUGGUCUUCCAAGGACCUCCCAAAAUUUCCUACUGUUGAUUUUUCGAAUACCCAGUACUGGCGCCGACGGGCAUUUUCAAAAGUAAUUUGCCCUUUCUGUCGUGGUCACUGCGCUGAUUGUACCUUGGUUUGUGUCGUCGAUGUCAACACCAGACAAUCGCGUGCAAUCUCCGACAGCCCUCCACCCUCUCACCAGGGGGGUCUCCUGUCAGUCAUUUGUCCCCAAGGGGUGAACACAACAAAAGACAUUUUUAUUCCCAACGUUUUUUUUUUUUUUUUGUUUUUUUGUUAUGUAAAGCAUUGCCCGGAAGUAAAAGCUGACAUUCUUUACUGAAGUCACCUUUUCAUCCAGCAUUCGUAUUUUAUGAAAAUGAGCACAACCAAAAUAAGCCAUCGUCCCAAUCUUUGUGUUUCUUACAACAGGGGGUCCAGAAAGAAAAGAAAAAGUCAAACUGCUGCCACUGCAUUGACUUUAUAGUCUUAGACGUGAAACAUUUUUAAUACGGGAUUCAACAACUGGGCCGUCAUGCGGGGUCUUGUGGCUCUUCGGUGCAUGGAGCGGUAUGAAGAACACCAGGGUCUGCUCGGUGAGCUGGUCAGGGCCGUCUUAACAGCACCAUAGGACCAACCCCCGGGUAAAGUAGUUCGCAGUGCCCUCUGUUUUAAUAGCAAAACAGAAAUAUGCAUCAGAAACUUCGUGGGCCCCUAUGCGAGUAGGACCCCCUGCCAGUGCCCGUUAUUAAUAGAGUGGGAAGGCGGAGUGCCGACGUGAAAGGAGCGAACAGUUGGGAGAUUUGAUUUAAAAUGAACAGACAGUGCCGUAGACUUUAAACUCCAGCAGGUGGCAGCACUCAUUUGUCACAACUGUGUCGUUCAGGUGAUGAAGGAGCGGCAGGACCAGAAACGAGUCUAGGAAACCCUUACAGUGGGGUCCAGUGUGUUUAAGAUGGGCAGCCUCUUCUGAUUUUGGCCCAGUCUCGAGUACCUGUCCGAUAUUAAACCUUUCCCUGUGAGCAAGACUAGAAAUAUUCUACCGCCCGACCCUUUUAUCUGUCCAUCCAUCAUUCCAUUGAAUCUACACUUUGGCUCGAGGGGAGGCGGUACCAUCUUGGCACACAUCUACGCGCUCUUGCCCACUGCCACUCAAAAAUGCCUUUAGGCGCAUUUUACAGAUGUUGAAGUUCCCUGGAGGGAGCCGCUGGUCCACCACAUCUGCUUUGUUUCACCCGUAGGGGGCGAUUAUUUGGCUGAGCUGUCGGCUCUCUUCAAGAUUUCGUCUUGCCAGGAAUACUAACUGCUGUUGUUUUACAAUUUUUUUUAAUGGUUUAAAGAAAAGCACUUUACCAUUGUUAUACUUUAAUUUAUUAAAAAUGUACACAAAAUA